GAGUCUACAGGACGGUAUCAGUCGUGUGUUUGUUUCAGUCGAGUUCAGGUGCUUCGAGAAAGGAUUUAUACUGUGCCCUAUCAAAACAUGGAGCUCCACGAAUCAGUGAUGCAAUCUAAUGGUGUCGUUAUCUUCAGGCUUGUGCUAGCCUUCUUUCGCUUUGUGCUGGUAAAGAUGUUCGAGAAAACUUCGAUUGCUUUUCUCAGCCUGGUGGAGGGUUUGUCUAUGAAAGGAACAGCCGAAGACGAUGUAGCAACGUUCGAUCAGCUUUCGAAGCGUUGGUGGGAACCGAACGGUCCCAUGAUUCUGCUACAUCGGCUGAACAAGCUAAGAGUACCCAUGGUUGUGGAAGGCCUCAUCAAGGUGGGCAAACUCGAUCGUAAGCAACGGUACACGACCGACGCACUGAAAGGGCUCAACAUUCUGGACGUCGGUUGCGGUGGUGGCAUCUACGCUGAGGCACUUGCAAAGCUGCACGCGAACGUGGUCGGCAUCGAUCCAGCACGCCACCUGAUCGAGGUAGCGAAAGCGCACGCCGAGGCACAAUCGGACAUCAAGGACCGGUGCCACUAUUACGAGCAAUCGAUGGAGGAACAUUGGCAGGGUGCAGCUAACAAGUACGAUGUUGUCGUGCUUUCGGAAACAAUCGAGCACGUGGUAGACAAGAGUUCGUUGCUAAAACACGUUGCAGAAGUGCUGAAACCGGGUGGAUCGGUAUUCAUCAGCACCUGGAACAAAACGAGCUGGUCCUGGCUGCUGGCGGUGGUAGUGCUGGAGAAUAUUAUGAAGCGACUGCCAAAGGGUUCGCAUGAUUACGACAAAUUUGUUUCGCCCGAGGAAACGGAGGCAAUCUUGGAGGCGUACGGGUGCCGCACAAUCGAGCAGAGACCGUUCUAUCUGAAGUUCUGGGAAAGCGAAUGGGUGUGGGUACCGUUCAAUCAGCUAACGUACGCAUUGCAUGCGGUUAAAGGAUAGACUGGAUUUGAUCGACACGUGCAAAAUGGAUAAAAUGAAAUUAAACUAAUUGCAGACAAUCGCUAAAUAUAUCAAAUCAAAUAACAUCAAAUAA